CGAAUCCAAAUCGCCCGGCGAAAUCCUCCUAAACGACACCGUACUCUUUCCCCGCGACCUCGCAUGCCCCUCGUCUCUCCGCUCUCCCAAGUCCCUCCCAAACUCGUCAUGAAGGAUCGGCCUCCCCGCUCCUACGGCGCCGUUUACGUUCCCCCUCACCACCGUCUCCGCUCCGUCAUCGCCAGUCGCGCCUCAAUUCCUUCGCUUCCUCACUCUCCAACACUAAAAAACCAGCAACAACAAAAUAAUAAUAAUAAUAAUAAUAAUAAUAGUCACCAUGAUAAAAAUAACAAUGAUAAUAAUAGGAGUUUGAAGUAUAAUUCAGUUUCAGCGUACAGUGACGGAGUGUCGAAGGAAGGCUCUGAUCGGGAGCUUGACACGUGGCUACUACCGGGUGCUUCCCCCUCUAAUAAUAUGGAGGAGUGGAGAAGGAAGUUAACUGCGUUUUUACGUGACAAGUCAAAGCAAGAGUUGAUCUCAAGGGAGAAAAAGGAUAGAUGUGAUUUUGAGCAACUAUCAGCUCUGGCUACUAGCAUGGGUUUGUAUAGCCAUCUAUAUGCAAAAGUUGUUGUCUUUAGUAAGGUCCCACUCCCAAACUACAGAUUUGAUUUGGAUGAUAGGCGGCCACAGAGGGAGGUGACCUUAUCUCCUGGUUUGCUAAGAGGAAUUGAUUACUAUCUCGGUGAAUACCUCUCUCAAAAGUACAGGAGUAAGGGAAGCUUUGUGGAUUUAUCCAUCUCGAGGUCCAGCAGUAGUAGUAGUCUUGCUACUGAAGAAGGUCUUUUUGAACAACCAGAUCCACCAGUAUCCAGUAAGUCUGUCAUGGAUCAAAUUUUGCGGCGACGAAGUUUACAACUGCGUGAUCAGCAGCAAGCUUGGCAGGAAUCUCCAGAUGGUAGAAAAAUGCUUGAAUUCCGCAGAAGUCUUCCUGCUUAUAAGGAGAAGGACAACCUAUUGACAGCCAUUUCACAAAAUCAGGUCAUAAUUAUAUCAGGUCAAACUGGCUGUGGCAAGACCACACAAAUUCCUCAAUUCAUAUUAGAGUCUGAAAUAGAAUCUGUUCAGGGUGCUGUUUGUAGUGUUAUAUGUACACAACCAAGAAGAAUAUCUGCGAUUUCUGUUUCUGAGAGAGUUGCUUGGGAGAGGGGGGAGAAACUGGGUGAAUCUGUUGGGUAUAAAGUUCGGCUGGAGGGCAUGAAAGGGAAGGAUACCCAUCUUCUCUUCUGCACCACAGGCAUCUUGUUGAGAAGAUUACUGGUUGAUAAAAAUUUGAAAGGUGUAACUCAUGUUAUUGUUGAUGAGAUUCAUGAGCGUGGAAUGAAUGAGGAUUUUCUGCUUAUUGUCCUUAAAGAUAUCUUGCCUCGUCGGCCAGAAUUGAAGCUGAUUCUGAUGAGUGCAACCCUAGAUGCAGAGCUUUUUUCAUCCUACUUUGGUGGAGCUAUGAUAAUUCACAUUCCGGGUUUCACAUACCCAGUUAGAACUCAUUUUCUGGAAAAUAUUUUGGAAAUGACGGGUUACAGAUUGACCCCAUUUAAUCAAAUUGAUGAUUAUGGUCAAGAAAAAACGUGGAAAAUGAGCAAACAAGCACCAAGAAAGAGGAAGAGCCAAAUUGCCUCUGCUGUUGAGGAUGCACUUAGAGCGGCCAAUUUCAAGGAGUAUAGCUGCCAGACUCAGGAGUCAUUGUCAUGUUGGAAUCCUGAUUGUAUUGGUUUUAAUCUCAUUGAAUACCUCUUAUCCCAUAUUUGUGAGCAAGAAAGACCUGGUGCUGUUCUAGUUUUUAUGACUGGGUGGGAUGACAUAAAUUCUCUUAAGGAUAAACUACAAGCUCAUCCUAUAUUAGGUGAUUCAAGCCGAGUUUUGUUACUUACCUGCCAUGGUUCCAUGGCUAGUUCAGAGCAGAGUUUAAUAUUUGACGAGCCUGAAGGUGGAGUGAGGAAAAUAGUGCUUGCCACUAACAUAGCUGAGACAAGUAUCACCAUUAAUGAUGUUGUUUUUGUCAUUGACUGCGGGAAGGCAAAGGAGACAUCAUACGAUGCACUGAAUAACACUUCUUGUCUGCUUCCUUCUUGGAUUUCCAAGGUUUCUGCUCAACAAAGAAGAGGAAGGGCUGGCCGUGUUCAACCUGGAGAAUGUUACCAUCUUUAUCCUAGGUGUAUAUAUGAUGCUUUUGCAGAAUAUCAGCUACCGGAAAUUUUAAGGACGCCUUUGCAAUCUCUGUGCCUGCAAAUUAAAAGUUUAAAUCUUGGGAGUAUUUCUGAGUUCCUAUCCAGGGCUCUGCAGUCACCUGAGUUACUAGCUGUCCAAAAUGCUAUUGAGUAUCUAAAAAUCAUUGGGGCCUUGGACCAGAAUGAAGACUUGACUGCCUUAGGUCGAUAUUUGACUGUGCUUCCAAUGGAGCCUAAACUUGGAAAGAUGCUCAUAUUAGGUGCUAUCUUUAAAUGUCUGGAACCAGUUUUAACAAUUGUUGCUGGCCUUAGUGUCAGAGAUCCUUUCUUAGCACCAGUGGACAAAAGGGAUCUUGCUGAGGCUGCAAAAUCUCAGUUUUCCCAUGAUCAUAGUGACCACCUUGCACUUGUUCGGGCCUAUGAGGGAUGGAAAGCUGCUGAAAGAGACCUUGCUGGAUAUGACUACUGUUGGAAAAACUUUCUCUCAUUUCAAUCAAUGAAAGCUAUAGAUUCUCUUCGAGAUGAGUUUUUCUCUUUGCUCAAGGAUACUGGUCUCGCUGAUUGCAACACAACCAUGUGCAAUGCAUGGAGCUAUGAUGAUCAUCUCAUCCGAGCAGUUAUUUGUUAUGGUCUUUAUCCUGGAAUUUGCUCUGUUGUGAAUAAUGUGAAGUCCUUUUCACUGAAAACCAUGGAAGAUGGCCAGGUGCUUCUAUACUCUAAUUCCAUCAAUGCUCGGGAAUCUGAAAUACCAUACCCCUGGCUAGUUUUCAACGAGAAGAUAAAAGUGAACUCUGUUUUUCUUAGGGAUUCAACAGCUGUCUGUGAUUCAGUGCUGCUUCUGUUUGGUGGUAGCAUCUUUCAAGGAGAUGCUGAUGGACAAUUGAAAAUGAUGGGAGGAUAUUUGGAAUUCUUCAUGGAACCUGCUGUUUCUGAUAUAUAUCAAUGUUUAAGGAGAGAACUUGAUGAACUGAUUCAAAAAAAGUUACUCAAUCCCAGAAUGGAAAUGCACAUGUAUCAUGACCUCCUAUCUGCAGUUCGAUUGCUUGUUUCAAAUGAUCAUUGUGAGGGAAGGUUUGUAUUUGGCCGCCAGGUGCUUAUGUCGCCCAAGCCCUCACCUGUGGCAACACAGCCAACUUUGAUUCCAAGGACAGAGAGUGGACCUGGGGGUGAUAAUUCUAAGAGUCAGCUCCAAACAUUGCUCACUAGGGCAGGAUAUGCCGCCCCCACCUACAAAACGAGACAAUUGAAGAACAACCAAUUCCGAUCUACAGUGGAAUUUAAUGGAAUUCAAAUUAUAGGUCAGCCUUGCAACAAUAAGAAGAGUGCAGAAAAAGAGGCCGCAGCCGAGGCACUGCAGUGGCUAAUGGGAGGAACCCAUACUGGCGUUGAAUACAUAAAUCAAAUGUCACUGUUGCUGAAGAAAAGCAAGAAGGAUCACUACUGAAUCAGCACCACCCUCGAGUCUGCCGUUGAGGGCUUUUCCAGAAAGCAAUGGGCACAGCUGACUGUAACUACAUUUGACUAAAAAACAGUGGAUGCUUAAUCUCACCUUCCAAAGAAGAAAAAAGUUUGACAGCAUUUUCCACUGGAGGAGCUAAACUUAUCUCGACAAUAUAUCCUCAUGUUAAUGAUCGAUUUUGCUGAGGGGAGAUUUUAUGAUUGACUUCGACUAUGUUACUACCCGCAUGUGGACAUGGUCUUGAAUCUCACAAGAAGUUAAAAGGUAUUUGGAUUAAUCUAAUUUUUCCUCCCAUGUUUUUUCUUUUGGGGCGGAUGAUUGGCAGUAACUGGUGGUGUAUACAGUGACAGCAGAUGAAUUAGGACUUGCUGUUGGCGUAAAUACUACUCUGCACAUGAUUUUAGGAAGGUAGACGGAAAUUUGACCUCAUUUUGAACUCACAUAUAAUCGUGGUUUACUACAACUUCAAAAUCAUCUGGAGGCUUGGAAGCCAAAUACGUCGUAACUGAUGGAAUUGUGUGUUUAAUGUCGAAAAACGAUCACUUCUCAUGAAGUGUGUGCUCGAUUUGUUACAUAGAAUUCUUAUCCAUGUGAAUGGUGCAUAUAAUGGCUUACAGAGCGAGAGGAUUCCCCUUGUAAAUUAGAACUAUUAUAUGCAGGAUUUUUUACUCUUGCUGAU